UCCCUGGAUAUACCACAAGGGAUGGAGAGGGGGAGACAUACAUCUGUCGCCCUAUUUGCGUACAAACUUUUCCCCGAUAAGGACAGAGAGAGGAGUUUUCGCACUAAAAUCUCAACGUCGCUGCUAUUUAAUCGCCACCCUUUUCGCCUGUCCGUCUGACUCGUUUAGUUUCUUUUAACCGCUAGAGGGGUGUCCCCUCUCUCUUUUUCACUUGUGGUUAGGCUGCGGGCUGAGCGCGAGGCCUAUGGCACUGCGCAGCCUCGGGGCGGCUGGACCUGGAUUGGAGUUAGACUGAGGUACGGCGGCACUUCGUUCCCGGAGGAGACGGGCGGGCAGACAGACGGCAAGUCAGGUACCGGAGCCGCUUCUUGGUUUGGGGAAGGCUGCCCAAUGCUAUAUCGGACAUAUUUGAAUCAACUAUCAAAAGCUGCCCUUACAGUUGGUUUUUCAAAAUGCAGUAGGGCAACGAGUCAAGGAUUUCUUUGUGAGAUGCUACACGUGCAUGCUCAAAGUCACAAAACUAUGGCUAAAACUAAAUUUGAAUAUGUUCGCCAGUUUGAAGCUGAUGAUACCUGCCUACAAAAUUGCUGGGUUGUAGUUCGACUGGAUGGCCGAAAUUUUCACAAGUUUGCAAAUCUGCAUGAUUUCAGAAAACCCAACGAUGAGCGGGCCCUCCGUCUGAUGACACGAUGUGCUUUAACUGUCAUGGAAGAACUGAAUGACAUUGUGAUCGCCUAUGGCCAAAGUGAUGAGUACAGCUUUGUCUUUAAAAAGAAAAGUAACUGGUUCAAAAGGAGAGCAAGCAAAUUCAUGAGCCACGUGGUCUCUCAGUUUUCUUCCAGCUUUGUUUUUUACUGGAAAGAUUACUUUAAAGAUCAGGCCCUCUUAUUUCCACCUGGAUUUGAUGGAAGAGUCAUUCUUUAUCCGAGCAACCAGAACCUGCGAGACUACCUAAGCUGGAGGCAGGCGGACUGUCAUAUUAAUAACCUCUACAACACAACGUUUUGGGCAUUAGUGCAGCAAGGUCGUUUGUCUAACAGCGAAGCUGAAGAAAAACUAAAGGUAAUAAUCUUGACACUAUUCAGUGUGGGUUAGGACUGGGGCUGCUUGUCCAGCUGAAAUUUUGUUUUAACUGUUUAUCUUAUCUCAAGAAUUUCUCUUUCCAUCUCCUAAUGUGGGAUACCAGGUUGCAGGAAAUAUACUCUUUUAGCAGUUUCUCAUUGGGCAAUGCUUGGAAUAGUAAACAAGAUAGAGUAAUAGUAAUAGUGGUGAAUAGAGGAUUGACAGAUUUAAGCAUACAGUAAAAAGCUUGAAGCAUAAUGCUGGCAAAGAGGGGAGAUGCUAGGCAUUAGCAUUCCUGCUAAGGUGGUAAUAAUUCGAAGAUGAGCACAUGCUCAAGUCUAUAUUUGAAAAAAAAAUGUCAGGGAUGAUGGGAAGUGCUAAACUUCAGAGUGCCUAACCGGUCAAGUGUGAGAGACACUAAAGAUUGAGCUGCAUGAGCAGGGAACGUUGGCGACAUGAAAGUUGGCUGGCAAACUAACCUUCUGUAUUGAACUCUAUAAAAAUGGAUGCACUAGAAAGCUAUUGGGGCUCUGAACCAUCUUGAUGAAGGUCUAACUGAGUGAUCAGAAAGCUUAAUCCACAAUAAUGGCUCUCUAACAACAGGUACUAAAUAUGCUGAACUGCUAAACCUGAUAUAAGCAGCUUAUUUGAUAAAUGUGGAUUACUGAUCAUUUAAUUCACUUGACUUUUUAGUGGGUAUAUUGAAGGAAAAGAAUUAGGAUUGUCCUAUGGGGCGACUCUAUAUUUGUAACACUAAUGUGUGUCUUGAGAGUCACAAACCAUCUGAUUAUGGAAAACCUCGCAGUGAAGUCCAAUUUAGUCAUCAAGUGGUAUCCACAUAAGUUCACUUGCAGCAUUUGCUACCUGUUGACCAGGACUCUGAGGCAUAAUUUUUAAUUUUUUCACUUCCAUAGCUGAGUGUUAUUAUUGACAACUGAAUGGCUUACUAGCUAUUUCAGAAAGCAGCUAAGAGUCAUCCACAUUGCUAUGGGUCUAGAGUUGCAUGCAGGCCAGACCAGGUGAGGACAGCAGAUUUUCUUCCUUAAAGGACUUUAGUGAACCAGGCAGAUUUUUCAUGACAAUUGCCAAUUGUUUCCUGGUUUCCAUUAGAUGAGUUUUCUUUUAAUAAGAGGUUUUUGGAGUAAAAAGGUUGGCACUGUGCAUGCAGUGCAGUCACCUCUCCUGAAUUCAUCUGGUGUUUUUGGGUCUGAACUUUGUUGCUUUGACUCAUUUGAGUGACUGCCACCUUAGUGGCAAGUUGUGGAUUCAACCCCCACGUUGGAACACAAACUCUCAAUCUCGGUUGACACUUCAUUGCAGUGUUUGACAGGGAGGACUGCACCACUGAAGGUGCAGUCCUUUAUGUGAGCUAUUUAACUAAUGUUUCAACUACUUCUUUAAACUGUCAAUAAAGAUCCCAUGCUGUCAUUUAAAGAGCACAGUGUUCUAGCCAUCACUCUGCCUCUAACCUGUACCAUCAAGAUUAGACAACAGUUUGGAGCUGGAGGAACACAGUAGGCCAGGCAGCGUCAGAGGAGCAGGAAAGCUGACGUUUUCGGUCAGGCCCCUUCUUCAGAAAAACCAUCAAAAAAAGGCUGUUAUUAUUCUG